CACCUUAAUGAUGUGCUCAAUUGAAAUUUCCAUACCCAAAUUCUCUGUUGUUAAUGAGCAGGAGGGAUAAGGAAAAAUCAGCUCCUCUGUCGUCCAACAUAUUAUAAAAACCUCAACAAUCCUAUAGUAUAUCUUUUCGUUCGUAAGUAGUGCAGUAACACAUUUACGAUUCCACAAAACCUAGAUCUUCAUAUGGAUCUCUUACAAUCCUACGAUGAUGACGAAAUCCCCAAAUCUCCAAACCCUAAUUCCGACCAAAACCCUUCACCUGAUUCUUCCCCAAUCCGCAUCCUUCCUUCUAAAUCCGCCGCCCCUAAAGUCGACGACACCAUGUUAGCCCUAACAGUUGCCGGCGGCGCUGCCAGAGCUCAAUCCAAACCCCUUGACCCGACCCAACACCUUGUCGGAUUCAACCCGACUUACGAACAACUCUGGGCCCCAAUUAUCGGUCCAGCUCACCCCUAUGCUAAAGACGGGUUAGCCCAAGGGCUCCGAAAUCAUAAAUUAGGGUUUGUUGAAAACGCGUCAAUUGAACCGUUUGUGUUUGAUGAGCAGUAUAAUACUUUUCAGAAAUAUGGGUAUGCUGUUGAUCCUUCUGAGAAUAGUUAUAUUGGUGAUUUGGAAAAAAUGAAGGAAUGUGAUGCGAUUUCGGUGUAUAAUAUACCACAACAUGAACAGAAGAAGAGGAAAUUAGAGAAAAAGAAGGAAAAAAUGGAAGAGGAAGGUGAUGAGGGGGAUGUGGAUGUAUCGGAAGUUGAGAAUCCGUCGACUGAUACGUGGUUAAUGAGGAAUAGGAAGAGUCCAUGGGCUGGAAAGAAAGAAGGGUUACAAGUGGAGUUAACUGAGGAGCAGAAAAAGUAUGCUGAAGAGUAUGCUAAAAAGAAGGGUGAAGAAAGAGGUGGCGAUAGAGAAAAGGCGGAACCUUUACUUGAAAAGAGUACAUUUCAUGGUAAAGAGGAAAAAGAUUAUCAGGGUAGGUCGUGGAUUGCGCCACCUAAGGAUGCAAAGGCUGCUAAUGAUCAUUGUUAUAUACCGAAAAGAUUGGUUCAUACUUGGAGUGGACAUACGAAAGGGGUUUCAGCUAUUAGAUUUUUCCCUAAGCAUGGUCAUUUGAUUUUGUCAGCUGGGAUGGAUACAAAGGUGAAGAUUUGGGAUGUUUACAAUUCAGGUAAAUGUAUGAGGACUUACAUGGGACAUUCGAAAGCAGUGAGGGAUAUUUGGUUUAGUAAUGAUGGGUCGAAGUUUUUGACAGCUUCGUAUGAUAAGUACAUUAAGUAUUGGGAUACAGAAACAGGACAAGUGAUCCAAACGUUCACGACAGGUAAGAUACCCUAUGUGGUGAGGCUUAACCCUGACGAGGAUAAGCAGAAUGUACUUUUGGCUGGUAUGAGUGAUAAGAAGAUUGUGCAGUGGGAUAUAAACAGUGGACAGAUUACACAAGAGUAUGAUCAACAUCUGGGGGCAGUUAAUACAAUUACCUUUGUGGAUAAUAAUAGGAGGUUUGUGACCUCUAGUGAUGAUAAAUCACUUCGUGUUUGGGAAUAUGGUAUUCCGGUUGUUAUUAAGUAUAUAAGUGAACCCCAUAUGCAUUCCAUGCCGUCUAUUUCGCCCCAUCCAAAUGGGAAUUGGAUUGCAGCACAAAGUUUGGAUAACCAGAUUCUUAUUUAUAGUACGCGAGAGAGAUUUCAGCUGAAUAAAAAGAAAAGAUUUGCUGGACACAUUGUCGCUGGUUAUGCUUGCCAGGUCAAUUUUUCACCUGAUGGACGGUUUGUCUUGUCAGGAGAUGGUGAAGGCAGAUGCUGGUUUUGGGAUUGGAAAUCGUGUAAGGUCUUCAGAACUCUCAAAUGUCAUGAAGGGGUCUGUAUUGGUGCAGAGUGGCAUCCUCUGGAACAAAGUAAAGUUGCUACUUGUGGUUGGGAUGGUUUGAUCAAGUACUGGGACUAGUUUUUGAGCAGCCAUAUCUGUCUUUGCAUGUAUGCGAGGGCAACUUGUUCAACAUCGGUUGGCUUCGAGGAAUCAAGACUUAAAUCGUCUGGGACAUGUUGGCUAGAGGAAUCAAGAAGCUAUGUAUGCAUUUGUUGGUCAACACCCGUCUUUAGCUCUGUAAAACAGGUUGUCUUCUCAGAUGGUUUUUCUUUGGUUGAGGUUGUACCAAUAGUUACUAACGGAGGGACAUGUCACUUUCAAUCAAGCUAUGAUAUUCCAGUAGACUAGUUAGUUGGAAAAUCAGUUCUUGCAUUUUCCCGUCAGUGUCAUGCAAGAAUGAACUUUAUGUUGUAUAUUGUUUUCUUUAUUUUAACCUCUUUUUUCCGCCAAAUGGAUUGGGUUUGAGGAUAUAGAGGUUGCAGUUCUUGUUUCACCUCUUUUUUGAUGAAAUGGUAAACAGACACCCGGUGUUCUAUAUUUCA